AUGGAUCACCGGAAGCAGCAGCGGAGCCCCAGUCCCCGGAGCGGCGGCAGCUCGGGCAAGGGGGGCAGCAAGGGGGGCAGCAAGGCGGGCGGCAGCGGGGGCAAGAAGCCGAUCAAGGUGGUGUACAUCUCCAACCCCAUGAGGGUCAAGACCAACGCGGCGGGCUUCCGCGCGCUCGUCCAGGAGCUCACGGGCCGCCAUGCCGACCCCUCCAAGUACAAUACCGACGACGGCGGCGCGGCCCAGGAACUCAGCCCGGAGGGGAGCGCGGCUGGGUCGACGCCUGACGCGGGCGCCCCCGGCCACGCCGCCGCUGGAGGGCAGCCGGAGCUCGCCGCCGCGGCGUUCGGCGACGGCGACCGCGACGAGGAGGAGGACAUCUUCGAAUCGCAGCUGCUGGACAACGACUACUCCGUCUUCUCGCCGCCGACGCUCCUCUACGACUACCCGCACAGCAACAAGGUGUAG